UUUCCACCGACUUUGUUGUGAAUUUUCACAUUUUCGCCAUCUGCUUUCUAGAUUUGCAUAUAUUGUUAGUGCUUUUCGGCGUCCAAGUUACUUGGCUAGCCUUAAACAGCCCCUCGUUUGUCCUGACCAUCGUUCAUCGAUAUCGGUUCCCAUGGAAAAGAUGGAUGAUGACAAAAGCCGACGUUCGAAAUCGCCAGCAGAAAAAAGUUCGAAGAAGAAAAGCGACCGCAAGUCCCGCAGUCAUAGCCGCAGCGUAAGCCGCACGGAGAAGCGUCGUAGUCCAUCUCGCAGUCCUAGCUACCAUCGUCGUCGGCAUGGCCAAUCCAGUAGGAAGAGGUCCCGCAGCCCACCGUCAUACCGCCCGAGGCGACGGUCACCCGACCGCGGACCCCCGAUGCGUCGUCAUGGACGUCGCGGAAGACGCAGUCGUUCGCCGGGUAUGGGUAGCAGAGGUGGAGGGAUGUCAAUGGAGAUGAUGGGUGGAGAUCUAAGUGGCGGAGGCUACAUGAUGCAGGGUGGUAUGUACGAUCCUUCCUGCUACGGAGGAUACGCCAACAAUGGCGUCUACAUGGGAGGGUAUGAUGCUUAUGGCUAUGGCAUGGUUACCGGUCCAUACGGUGACGGGACAAUGAUGGAUCCGUCGCAGGCUAUGAUGAUGGGGGGCGGUACAGGUUCCGAGUGGAUUGAAGCUCCUCCGCCGCCGGUCAUUCAGGAAACUGAAGAAGAAAAACGAAAGCGUGAAGCUGCAAUCACAUUGGAAGUGUUAAAUCAGCGGGCUGCAAUGAAAAAACAACGUGACGAUUACAAACGACGGGCAGGAGCUUUAAAGCGUGAACUAAAAACGCUCAAAGAACAACGUUCGGAUCUGUCCUCGGGCCGUGAGCCACCGUCCCCGACAACGAACAACUUUAUCAAAGAAAAUGACAAGCUACAGUCGCAAAUACUGGCCAAGAUCAAGACGAUCGAAAACGUGAUCGACCUGCUGGACGGCAUUAUAACGAAGAAUCGGACUCCAUCGCCGCCGUCGAUACUAUCGAUACCGCCGCUGCCCACCAUCCCGGAUCCACCGACUAUCACGCCGUCCGAUUUCGAGCGAAUCGAGAGCGAUGCAGACGCGGGGCGACGCGCGCAGCGGAAUAGAUCGCGUUCUCCAGACGGAGUGGUGGGUGCAGAAGCUCCACCACCGCGCCGGGAGUCGGAAUCGCCGUCACCGGAACGGUUGAAAAACGAAGUGCUGGAGAGUAUGCAUGCCCGUGGCAAGCGCAAAACUUCGGGAAACAGACCGACCGAAACUUCCGAGGGUGGUGUGAAAGAAGAAAAGCCGCAGUUCAACCAUGUUCACUAUGAUCCGGAAGUCCACUGGUGUAACGUAUGCCACGUGUUUCCCAAGACGGCCAAAGAGUAUCUGUUGCAUCUGCACCUGGACCAUCAUCGGCGUGAGGUGGUGAACGUGCAAGGGCAAACCAGGGACGAGGAGCUUGCGCAAGCUCCAUGGCGUGCUCACCAGGACCCAAACGAUACGAUGGUGAAUCCGGACGCCCCGGUGCAACGCACACCCAUACGUGGCCUACAAUUUUUCGUUCCAGCCACGGCCUGGUACUGUAAACUGUGCGACAUCUGGAUGGGCGAACUGAAAGACGCAUCGUGGCACCUCAAAUCACGCACACAUGCCAACUCGUAUGCGGUAUAUGUUGCAACUAACAGAAACUUUGAAGCGACUUGGCUGGCUAAUCGUCAGCGAGAUUACGAGAAAUAUGGUGGUCCACGCCCUGGCGACGAGGAAAUGCCGGUUCCCCCUCCUCCGCCAACUGCCGAAGAGCUCCGGCAUCCGUCGUCGUCGGCGUCAUAUUCAAGCGACAUGCUGUUUCCUCCGGCUGCUGCCGCGUGCUCCUCCUUUCCUAUCCAGCCGAAAGUCGAAAGAAACGACGUCCCAAUGGAUUCAUCGUCUCUGGACUUGCUGCCCGCUGUAGACACGUCCAUCAGCGUCCAUAAACCGAUCAAGGAGGAACCGUCGACCUCAUCGAAGAAGGCGAAGAAAAAGAAGUCUCGUAAGGAGGAGCGACGGGAGAAGAAAAAGAAGAAGCGCUCCAAGAAGCGUAAGCGGGCGGCCGCUUCGUCGAGCUCGUCCUCGUCGAGCAGUAGCUCCGAUUCGUCCGACUCGGAGUCGGAUUCGGGUUCGGAGAAGGACAGCCGGUCGAGCGCAAAGAACGAACCACAGUUCGAUUCUAGCAACGCCAUCCACGCGGCUAUGCGUAACAUUCUGAAAGCGAAGGAUGUGAACGCACGGGAGGUGGUGGCGGCGGCAGCGGUAGCGGUUGCUGCAGCCGCGAAGAAUGAGGGUGGAAAGGGUUCUGCUACUGCAGGUUCGUCGAAGGAGCAGCCAAGUUUGGGGAAGUGGACUGUUGUACUUCCGGCGCAAGAGAAGAAAGCUGCUGACGCAGCCGCAGCAGCAGCAACAGCCAAACCGGCCGAGCCGGCCGUAGCAUCGAAUGCACCCUCGCAUGACGAUAGCAGUAUUGGACCAGAGGACAGUAAGCGCUUCGAUCGUGAUGACGAUCGAGACAGAGACCGAGAACGUGAGCGCGAUCGUGAUCGUGAGCGUGAGUAUGAACGGCGCAGUCCGGACCGCCGUGAUCGUCGGAAUCGUUGGGAAAGUCCUGAUCGGUACGGUGGACGAGAUCAUCGUGGUGGUCGACGCAACGACUAUCGCGAUCGACGUGACCGUCGCCGAAGUCGCUCCAGGGGGCGACGUAGCCGAAGCGCCAGUGGUGGUGGAUAUGGCGGUGGGGGUCGACGAUACCAUCGACGGUCGUACUCCCGGUCGCGUUCACGAACCCGCAGCCGAUCGCCUUCGAGCCGCAGCGGAGGUCAUCGGGUAAUCGAGAAAGCCGUCGUAAACUUCCCGCCCGAACCGAAACCAACGAAGGUGGACAAGAAGUCCCAGAAGGGAUCGGCGGAUCGUAAGGAAAAGGGAACGAAAUCGAGCAACGUGGGCACCGUUAAGUCGACCAAUAAUGCGAACGGGGGUGCGAAAAAGUUGCCCUUCAUUGGCCGGAUGCCGGUUUUUAAGAAGCAGCAGGCCGAUAAUGCGAAGAAGGAGGAAGCAGCAGCCGCGGCAGCAGCGGCCGCGGUCACUGAGGGUACUGAAACCAUGCCGGAGCAGCAGUCUGAAGUUUCGACCGAUCCAGCAACCAUCGCGGCUGCGACCAUUGGACAUACUAUCGCGGGUGAAGGAAUGCCAGCGGAACACGCUCAGGAUGGUGGAGUCCAUGCAGAACUUGCCCAAGACAUCAGUCAAUCUUAUCAGUAUGGGGAGCUAUUACAAACGGUGGAUCCGUCACAGUCGGAAUUCGAUGCGAAUACUGGUGGCGAAGCACCGAUGGACGAAGACAGUGUCAUCGAUGAGGGCGAGAGUAUGCUUGCCUCAGAAACGCAACCAUCAUCGGAGCAAGAUCCCGAUGGUUACGUAACAGCCGAAGGUGAAGUACCGCUGCCGAAGGAUUUCCAGGAAGCACUAGACAUCAUCUUCGACGGUGGCGACAAACCCAAGCGCGCGGAUGUGAUUGCGAAGGAGGCGGCUGCUGCAGCUGCUGCAGCGGCGGCUGCCGCUGCCGCCGCCGCCAAUCCACCCGACACGAUGGCUUCUACCAUCGAGCAGCAUCACGCCGCGAUGGUAGCGACGAUGGGCGGCGUACCGAUGAUGCUUGAUCACGAUCAACCGCACAUGAUCGUACCGGAGGCGAUCGAAAUGUACAACCAACAGUACGCGCUCGAGUACGGCAUGCAUUCGGCGGCGUACAUGGCUGCGGCGGCCGGUGCAGUCGCUGUUCACGGUAUGAUGCACUAUGUCGCGGAGGACGAGUCACAGAAUCAACCGUUGGAUAACAUGAUGUAUUCGCAUGGUGCGGCGGCCAUGAUGCAUCAUCAUCAUCAAAUGGUGACGGCUGGAGCAAUGGAUCCUAAUGCCUAUGCGAUGGCUAUGGCGGCCGGUGGAGUUGGGUACACACCGGAGAUGAUGGGGGUGCACCAUCAGUCGACUGUAGCUACGAUCAGUGAGGGCGAGGGGCAUGCUGUGAUGGAACAAAUGGCAUCCGUAACAAACGAUGGGAAUAAUGUGGAAGGCGAGGUAGGAAAGGUUUACCACACCGGUAGUAUUACCGUGGAGAGUGAAAAAAACACAUCGGCGGAAGUUCAAACUGGUGAUGAUGAUGUCUCGAAAAAUUCAGACACUGCUGAGCAAAUGCCAGGUGAAUCAACAGUGGAGCCGGAAGCGAAUGAAAGACAUGAAGAAGAAUUCAAACUGACAACUGGAGCAGUGGAAACAGAGCAGAUUGAUUCUAGGGAGGAGGAGGAAAUUAACUAUCUUGAUCCAAAGACACAGGAAGUUGUAGCGUCGCGUGAAGAACAUGAUAAUUUGCAAGAUAUUGAUGCGGACCAAGAAAAGCCAAAUGUCAAGCCGGAAGCAGUUGAGAAAUGUCAAGAAGAGUCCACGACGGAGUCGGAUGCCGCUGAAACGUACCAUGAUCCCAUGGUCGAGUUUGGCCAUGAUGAAACGUAUCAGGAUGAGCAAAGGACCGGAUCAGAGGAUGUUGAAACCUACGAAGAAGAAGCUAGGGAUGUGUCGGAAGGUGCGGAAAUGUAUCAAGACGAGGCCAGGGAUGAAUCUGAAAGUUACGAUGCAUACCAAGACGAACCCGAGAUGCAUUCGGAAGCAUAUGAAACCUACGAUGAUGAGCCUCGGGUGGAGUUAGACCCCGUCGUUGAUGCCUAUCAUGAGGAAGCCAUCAUUCAGGACGAAAGUAAAGCAUCCGAAAAUGACGCGAAUGACCCGGAAGCAGUGGACGAAGAUAAUGGCAUGGUGGAAAUGGCCUAUUCCUAUUACGAUUCCGAGCAGCAGCCAAUCGAAGACAGGCAACCGUAUGACGACGAUGCAGAUGAGUAUCCGGGCACAGCAGAGGGUGAAAUCGAUGGAGCAGUGGUAGAAGAUGAGCAAUCAGAUACGGCGACAGAGUUCGUACUUGAUAAUAUGAUGGUGGACGCAAUGUCCGAGUAUGGCACAGAGCCGACCGACGAUCAAUCUUGAAAUUGGUAGUAGUUUGGUUACAAUAAUGAUAAUAAUGUCAGUCCAGGCCAUUAUGAUUUUAAUUUCAGCUUGUCAUUUUUUUAAUUUCUUAAUUUUUCCAUUCCAUGUGAAAAUGGAAAUAACUUUAUUGUCGUGUUUAACUGGGUGACUUGCAAGGGUUCACAGAAACUACUUUGGAUGUAAAAUAAAAUACGAGUAAAUACAAAAUGCCUAAGGUAUAUGAGAAAAUA